UGGAUACCCCGCGGACAACAGAAUCGCAGCGCGGGGCUUUGCGGGAGGUAGCCAGUCAAUCGUGCGCACAUUCCUGCGCUAUAGCGGAACAGGCGCAACCUCUCCGGGCUUCGCAGUCGUGCGCGAAGGCAAGGCGAAAGAUACGCAGCCAAGGACAUGAGCCGCAAACGCGCAGGGAGUGCGCUCGGAGUCGCGCUCGUGUGCGCGUUACUCUCGCAGGGCAUGUCGUGGACGUUCCGCGCGGAGCACGAUGACGCGGCCAGAGAAGUCUGUUCUGAAAAUCAUACAGCCACGACAAAGUAUCCCUGCGUAAAGUCCACGGGAGAAUUAACGACGUGCUUCAGGAAGAAGUGUUGCGAGGGCUUUAAGUUUGUCUUGGGCCAGUGCAUUCCAGAAGAUUACGAUGUGUGCGCUGGCGCCCCCUGUGAGCAGCAAUGUACUGACCACUUCGGCCGUGUGGUCUGCACCUGUUACCCUGGUUACCGUUACGACCGAGAGCGCCAUAGAAACCGAGAGAAGCCGUACUGCCUGGACGUUGAUGAAUGUGCCAACCCUAACGAGACAGUGUGCUCUCAGAUCUGCAUCAAUACUCCAGGCAGUUACAGAUGUGCGUGCGAGAGGGGGCACUUCCUGGAGGCAGACAGGAGGAGCUGCACUAAGGGCGAGAGAGCUCCUCUUUUUGAAAAAUCUGAUAACGUGAUGAAGGCAGGAACUUGCUCGGCAACAUGUGAGGACUUCAAUCAGAUCAAAAUGACCGUUUUCCAGCUUAAACAGAAGAUAGCCAUGUUGCCAAGCAACACUGAGAUCGAUAAACAGAUGACCAGUGAGAAGAUGCUGACAACACAUUCCUUCCUGCCUGGACCCCCUGGUCAACCUGGAGCCCCUGGAAGCCCGGGACCCCAGGGCUCUCCUGGUCCCCCAGGUCAUUCAGGGCCUCCUGGUCUCCCUGGCCCACGGGGUCAAAUGGGGCUUAUGGGUCCCUCUCCGGAUCUUUCUCACAUCAAACAGGGCAGGCGAGGACCAAUGGGUCCUCCUGGUGCUCCAGGCAGAGAUGGCUUGAAGGGAGAAAGAGGGGCUCCUGGACCUUCUGGACCUCCUGGCCCACCUGGAUCCUUUGAUUUCCUGUUACUCCUGAUGGCUGACAUCCGUAACGACAUUGCUGAGCUGCAGAGCAAAGUGUUUGGUAGGCAGAUGCUUUCUCCUGGAGAGGACUUCCCUGUCACGCCUGACUACUGGAAGGAGAGUCAGGACAGCCUGGACUUUGGCUCUGGAGAAGACUACAGAUCCCAGAAUCCACCCAGGGAGAAGAGAAAGAGGAAAUCAUCCAGCACUUUAACUGAUCCUGCCUGGAAGAUCUAAGACUGUCAUGAAUGAGCACCUGACUAUGGACUGACUUUGUAAAGGAGAGAAUGGUGUAGAUAUCACAAAAAAAGAUGUUUAUUUAACUUCAUACUCUUUACAGAUGACAUGAAUGUAUCUCUUUGUAUGAAAUUCUAUUUUUUUAACAUAAAUAUAAAAGAUGUAUAUAUUUAUAGAA